AAUUGGCUUUAAAUGCCGGUGCAAGAAGAAGACACAUAGAUAACAAGUGUUGUUCGUAACAUAAAAACAGUUGUAAAUGCAAUAGAUUAAAUUAAAUAUGAAUGCUUUACGACACACAAUUUCAAUCGUGGCGCUGGGCACCUUUCAGCUUGGACGCCGCAUGAAAAGCCAGCAUUUGCAUGGACUCCUGCUUGGCACUGGGCUUGGCCUUUCCACCAUCGCAUCGGUCACGUACGCACAGGCCGAAGCAGCAAAGGUCAACCGAAAGUUGAACGUAUCCAAAUUCAUGGCUGAGCCCAUUACGGACUCAGCUGUUUUGUUGUCCGAUCAAGACAAUAUGCGCCAUCGCAUGGAAUUGAUGAUCAUGGAGAUUCAAGCUGAUUUUUGUCGUGCACUCGAAUCGGAAGAGUUCAAUGGCCAGAAAUUCAAAGUGGACCGCUGGCUGCGCAAGGAAGGUGGUGGUGGCGUCACCUGUGUCCUGCAAGACGGCGACGUUUUCGAGAAGGCUGGCGUCAAUGUCUCGGUUGUGACCGGCUCCCUUCCACCAGCGGCCGUUCAGCAGAUGCGGUCAAGAGGCAAAGAUCUGGCGGAGAACGUUAAAUUGCCAUUCUUUGCUAGCGGCGUCAGCGCUGUCAUCCAUCCGCGUAAUCCCCAUGUGCCGACCAUUCACUUUAACUAUCGUUACUUCGAGGUGGAGUUGCCCGAUGGCUCAAAGCAGUGGUGGUUCGGUGGCGGUACAGAUCUGACGCCCUACUACUUGGACGAAAGCGAUGCCCGCCAUUUCCAUAAGACGCUGAAGAGCGCCUGCGAUGAGCAUAACACCUCCUACUAUCCAAAGUUUAAGAAGUGGUGCGACGACUACUUCCACAUCAAGCAUCGCAACGAGUCGCGUGGCAUUGGAGGCAUCUUCUUCGAUGACAUCGACGAGCCCAACCAGGACGGCGCCUUCAAAUUCGUAACCAGCUGCGCUCGUGCCGUAAUCCCAUCGUACCUGCCGUUGGUGCAGAAGCACAAGAAUGCGGACUACGGUACCAAGGAGCGCGAGUGGCAACUGCUACGACGCGGCCGCUACGUGGAGUUCAAUCUAAUCUAUGAUCGUGGUACUAAAUUCGGACUCUAUACUCCCGGUGCCCGCUACGAGAGCAUCCUAAUGUCCCUGCCGCUGCACGCCCGUUGGGAAUAUAUGCACGAACCAAAAGCUACGUCCAAGGAGGGUGACUUACUAAUGGUUCUGCGAAAUCCGAAGGAAUGGGUUUAACUUAAAUUGUGUUAUAUUUUUAUUUUACUAUUAAUGGGAUUGGUGCCUUUCAUGAUAAAGUUUUGAUUAUAGAAUAAGAAUUGACAAUAUUUAUGCCCGUACAAUCUAUUUCCGUUAAAAAUUAAAAAGUUUAAUUUUACGA